CGACGGUCGCAUCCUUCACUGUGUCAGUGGCAAGAGCAGUAAUUAUUGAUUUUGAGAUGGUUAAGUGUGAAUCCGCCGACCAGAUCCAUUGAUUACGGAUAAAAAUAUUAUCAGACACUUUUGGAGGACAUAAUGAAUCGUCCAAGACAUCUAUCAAAGUCUGGAAACAGUUUAUAUGAGUUACUGGGUGUAGAAAAAGGUGCACCACACGAAGAAAUAAGGAAGACUUACAGAAGGUUAGCAUUAAAAUGUCAUCCAGACAAGAAUCCUGAUGACCCAGAAGCAGCAGAAAAGUUUAAAGAAAUCAGCCGAGCUCACACCAUUCUGACAGACACAACAAAGAGACAGAUUUAUGAUGAGUAUGGAUCACUAGGAAUCUGGGCGGCUGACCAGUUUGGUGAAGAGAAUGCCACUACCUACCUCCUACUGACCAGUGGAUGGUGCAAGGCUCUGUUCAUUUUCUGUGGAGUCAUCACGGGUUGCUACUGCUGCUGCUGUUGCUGUUGUUGCUGUAAUUUCUGUUGCGGCAAAUGGAAGCCGCCCAAUCCCGAGGAGGAGGGAGAAUAUACCAAUCUACAUGUACGUCCUGAUGAAUUUAGCAGCCCGGAGAAUGGCUCUCCAGAACAUGUGGUGACAGAACAACCGAAAACAGACGGGGCGACGCCCAUCGUGUUAGGCCCUCCCCCAUCAGAAUACAACGAGAGUAUGAAACUAAAUUCGGAUAACAAGGUAUCAUACGGAGCCAGCAACAGUGACACAGACUCUGUUUCACAUCCUCUUGAACAAACAGACAGACAGACAAACCAAGAUGAGAAUAUACCAAGAUCUAGCUAAAUAGGAGUUUUAAAUUUUCAAAUUUUCACCCAAGCAUUCUUCAUGCAUUUUUCCCCCUUUUAAUUGUCAUGUAGAAGUGGACCAAUAUUUACUCAUGUAAAAGGCUCAAUUUUAAUUUACAUGUAUUUGUAAAAGGGUUUAAUGAAAUUAGGUUUUGCAUUGACACGUGUAAAAAAAAAAAGUGCAAGUUGUACAGGUAUAUGUAGAUGUAAUAGAUGUACAGUUUACAUGUUCACUGUUUGCCAGUGUAAUUAAUGGAUCCUCUUAAAUGUGAAAUGCUUGUGGCACAUUCCACUGCAGUGCAAUGAAUUGUGAAUUCUACAAGUUCAACUACUUAAUAUACAUGUAUAUGUAUGUGUAAAUAUGUAGCUAAAUUUUAAGAGACACAAAGUUCAAGGGUAAUAAUACAUAAGUGUUAGAUUUGGAAAAAAAGUCCAGUAAUUAAGAAAUAUGGCAUUGUAUAAGUAGUGAUAGUCAAAUUAAAUAUAUUUUUUUUUUUGACAAUUUUGUCCCAAGUUUCAAGACACAUUUAUCAAAUUAUUUUGAAAAUCUUUUCAAGGUCUUUGAAUGUUGAAUGACAAUCAAGAUGGAAAUGCUGAUUAUUUUUACCUAAAUAUCCUCUUAGGAAUUGUGAUAUGCAAUUGGUCAUAUAUAUAGAAACAAUGAAGAUACGUGUAUAUACUCUAUUAAGUCAUAUUUCUUGGUGCAUCAUAGAAAAACAGAUUAAUGCAUCUCUUACACAUUUAUUUCAGCUACCAACUGAUGGGUUAUGCUUUAUUAUAUAUAGAUCACUUUAAAAUAAAAUUCAUUUUUCUAUGUUAUUCAAGAAUGUCUGUAAUUCAAAUUACAUGUAUUGAAUGUUGAAUUAUUUAUCAUUGUUUAUGGUUUUACAUAAAUACAUUUUAGUGAUAUAGCAAUCUUAGUCAUACAGGAACACCACUUUGUAAAUGCAAAAAUCCAAGACAAAGAAAGCACUUGAAUUAAUUGUGAACAAGUUCAGUGGUUUGAUUUUGAAUUUUUUGUGGCAUAUCCAAUGUUUUGGGAGUGAAGCAAAAGUAACCAAAGGUUCCUUUUUCAUCCUUUCUUCUUACAUUCCAUAUACAGUCAAAUCACUUAUAUUCAUAGGGUCACAUUUUCAAGGUUCGAGGAAUACUUAUUUGAACAUUGGGAUUGGAUUUAGUAUGUGAAGAAGUGCGGAAUAUACAGUCAUGUAUAUUUAAAAUUCUACAUUUCCUAGCCAUGAAAACAACAAGAAUUAAACCCCAUCAAGAAUGAUUGAUUUCACAAUAUAUCCAGUUUGUAACUUUUAACACUUCUCAGGAUACUUUGUUUUUAUGCACAUGUACAGCAAAACUUGGUUAUAACGAAGUCGCUGGGAUCUAUGAAAUUACUUCACUAUAUUCGUAAUUUGUUAUAACCGUAUAUGAAAUUCAUUAAAUUUAUAGAGCUGGAGAUCCAAGAGGACUUCGCUAUAUCCAUGAAUUUGCAAUAUCCGUGUUCAUACUAAGUGAGUUUUACUGUAUUCAUGUUGUUUUCAAAAGAUGCAUGUAAUUCAACAGUAUGAAAUAAUUUGUAAAAUAACGUGUUACAGCAAAAUCAAUACUCAAUGAAAAUUGAACAAUUUUAUUGAUGUCGAAUUUUUAUGGUUUUCAUUCAUGGCCGUUUGAUUGAUUUCUUUGGUUGAAAAAGUGCUGAAUUGUGAUAUAUGUGAAAUUUUAAACUUUGUGAGACAUGAAUUUGUUGGACUUUAUGCCACGAAAAACAACAAAAAUUAAACCCCUUAUGAAAAUAAGUGAUUUCAUGGUAUGUAUGAGCCAUCUAUAGUCACAGCUUCUAAGGGUUACUGGUAUGGUAUAUAAAAAAAGUAUUUAGUCACAGUGCUUAUUGUUUAGGAUCAGAUACACAUUGGUAUUUAAUGCACAUUAAAAUGUUUAUACAUGUAAUACAGAUUAGGUUUGAAAUUGUAUGUAGGUUUAUUAAUGAUGAAAAAAUAGUGAUUCAUCAUAUUAAAACUCAACUAAAAUGA